AUGAUCUCCGAUUAUGAUGUACAAGGGCAGGAGGAUGUCGAACCAUCAACAUUGCAGAUACCUCAAUUUGAAUCCGAAUUCAACAACGCUAAGACGUUCUUGCAAAAGGCUAGCACUGCCACUGGCGAAAAUCUAUAUGACCAUUUGACUGAAGUUUUGAACAAGAUUUUGGCAGAACGCCCAGAAAAUGUUAUAGACUUCUUUGAGGAAUAUAGUCGUAAAGUAAAGGAGCAAAGAUUCAAACCGCUGACUGACCAUUUGGAAGACAUAUAUGUGCAACCUGGUAGAUUUGCGCUUUCUAAUAAAGUUUUACCAUUACUUAAAGCUUUACCACCUGGUGAACCUUCUACGGUGGAUCCAGAAGAUUUGGAACUUGCUGAUAUGUCCCAGAAUAAUUUGCUAGAACUUCUCUAUUACUUGGAACAAUGCGGCAUUGGAUUACCCAGACCAGAAAUGAUAUUCGUCAUGAUUUCGAUGAGGAAUCUUGCUCAUACAAAACCUAUAUCAUCUAUACGAUUUUGGGGAAAAAUCUUUGGUACGUUGAGCAACUAUCUCAUCGUGGAAGCAGAAUUGAAAGAAGAUGAGCAUAUGAAAAGGAAUGAGCAUUACCAAGAAGAACAGGACAAACCUAAGGUGCAAGACGAAUUAGGCCUUAAAAUCGAAGGUGAUAAUACUACAGCCGCUCUGUUGGAAAUAGAGAAACGGAAUGAGCUAGAAGGGGAAGGGGAAGAACGCAAAACUAAGUAUCCUAGGACUUUGCCACCGGAACCAGUGAUACAAUAUCAGGAACCUCCCGAAGCACCACCGGAACCGUCUGGAGUUGGUGUAAACAAAAAGGUUUACUAUGUCUGCAACGACAUUGGAGAACCCUGGGUGGAGCUUCCAGAUGCAAAUCCCAAACAAAUAAGAGUAGCCCGCGAGAUCUACAAAUCCUUCACGGGUACCCUCGACGCGCCUGUUCUCACUUAUCCAGAGUUCCCAGGACUGGAGAAGGAAUACUUGCGGGCUCAAAUAGCUAGGAUAACCGCUGGUACUAAGAUAGCUCCACUUGGCUACUACACCUUCGGAGGAGCGGAAGCUGGCGAAGAUGAAGAAGAGGAAGAAGCCGAAGAGGCGGCCGGUGGUGAAGCAAAAACCAGUUACAAAGUCAAUCCUAAAUACGAUCCUCCUCCUUUAAGGGACUUGUUGGAUACUUCCAUGUCAUUUUGGGUACACAGCGAAGCUUAUAUCCUCCCACAAGGUAGGACCACUUGGUGGAACCCAAAUCCAAUGCCUGAAUUGGGAGAGGAGCCAGGGGAAGGUUUCGGGGAAGAAGAAGAGGAAGCGAAACCCAAAGGCGAACGGAUGGAACCCGAAACAGGACCUCCGCUCCUGACACCUCUCUCUGAAGAUGCAGUGCUGGAAACCGUUCCACCUUGGAGUCUCAGAGUCACUUCUGAGAUAUUGGAGAAUUAUGCUCUCGCCGUCGUUAGAUCCAAUAUUUGGCCGGGUGCCUAUUGCUUCUCAAACCAGGGGAAGAUAUUCCGAAACGUAUAUCUGGGCUAUGGUCACAAAUACAUGGAACAUAAUUUUUCCCCUGUGCCUCUACCACCCGUACAGCAAGAGUAUCCAAUCGGGCCAGAAAUUAUGGAAAUGUUAGAUCCUACUGGCGCUGACGAAGAACAAUGGCGUAUCGACCACUUGCCCAAACCGAAACCACCUCCGAUGGGCGAAGAAGCCGAGGGCGAAGAGGCAGAAGAAGAGGAGGAGGAAGAGGAAGAAGACGAUUAA